AUGAGGAUCCUGAUUGUGUCUGUGGUUCUGCUGGGUCUCAUCAAGACCUGUUUGAGCCAGUUCCCUCGCCCUUGCGCUAACUCGGACAGUCUGAGAACUAAAGAGUGCUGUCCAGUGUGGGAAGGAGACAAUUCUCCUUGUGGAGCCAUGUCAGGCCGUGGAUUCUGCACAGAGGUCCAGGUCUCAGAUGAACCCAAUGGGCCACAGUACCCUCACAAUGGGAUUGAUGACCGAGAGCGUUGGCCCUUGGCUUUCUACAACCGGACAUGUCGUUGUGCUGCAAACUACGGAGGGUUUAACUGCGGGGAGUGCAGGUUUGGUUACUGGGGUGCAAACUGUGCUCAGUACAGAGAGUCCGUCCGCAGGAACAUCCUGACCAUGUCACCUGCUGAGCAGCAGAAGUUCAUUUCAUAUCUCAACCUGGCAAAAAACACUGUCAGUCGUGACUAUGUCAUCGCCACGGCAACGAGAGCAGAGAUGGGCGAGAACGGUGAGAACCCCAUGUUCUCUGACAUCAACACCUACGACAUGUUUGUCUGGAUCCACUACUACACGUCCAGAGACGCCUUCCUGGGAGGGCCGGGGAACGUUUGGAGAGACAUCGACUUCGCUCAUGAGUCUGCAGGCUUCCUGCCCUGGCACAGAGUCUUCCUGCUCCACUGGGAGAACGAGAUCAGGAAGCUGACGGGGGAUUUUAACUUCACCAUUCCAUACUGGGACUGGAGGGAUGCCCAGUCCUGUGAGGUGUGCACUGAUGCUCUGAUGGGCGGACAAAGUUCCAUCAAUCCCAACCUCAUCAGCCCUGCUUCUGUCUUCUCGUCGUGGAAGGUGGUCUGCAGCCAGCCAGAUGAGUACAACAACCAAGAGGCGUUGUGUAACGCUACAGCAGAGGGCCCUCUGUUGCGUAACCCCGGCACCCAUGACCCAAACCGCGUGCCAAGACUCCCCACAACAGCUGACGUGGACUUCACUGUGGGGCUCCCUGAAUACGAGACGGGAAGCAUGGACCGAUUCGCUGACAUGAGCUUUAGAAACGUCCUGGAGGGUUUUGCGAGUCCAGAGACAGGUAUGGCGGUGCCAGGUCAGAGCACCAUGCACAACUCCCUGCACGUCUUCAUGAACGGCUCCAUGUCCUCUGUCCAGGGGUCAGCCAACGAUCCCAUAUUCCUGCUGCAUCAUGCUUUUAUUGACAGUAUCUUUGAGCGCUGGCUCAGGACCCAUCAGCCUCCUCGGACCAUCUACCCACGUGCCAAUACCCCGAUUGGUCACAAUGACGGCUACUACAUGGUGCCCUUCCUUCCUCUCUACAGAAACGGAGACUACUUCCUGUCUAACAAAGCUCUCGGUUACGAGUACGCCUACCUGUUGGACCCUGGUCAGAGGUUUGUGCAGGAGUUCCUGACUCCCACCCUGCAGCAGGCCAGGGAGAUCUGGCAGUGGCUGCUGGGGGCGGGGAUCCUUGGUGCUGUGAUCGCUACAGUUCUUGCUGCACUGGUUGUUGUCGUCAGGAGGAGGUGGAGGAGGAGGAAGAGGACGGCGAGCUUUGAGGAGCGACAGCCACUACUGCAGAGCAGCUCAGAGGAAGGCUCAUACCAGACCACGCUUUAACACACAGAUGUGACGAGGAACAAACUACGGCAUUCAGGAAGUCUUUGAACGAGAUGCAGUCCAAAACAAGACUUCAUUUAAUAAUACAAUAAUGUGUCUGACACAGCUCUUUAUUAAUAAACACAGAUGCCAAAGAGUCAGUGAGGUGUUUCUAAAGAUCACAAAAAAACACCUCGUCAGAUCUCACUGAACACAGAGUGUGAUGUCAUUGCCUUUUAAUCAAUUGUAUCUAAAACACUAUAAAGGAGGUCAGUUUUGUUUGUUGCAGAGCGGAUACAGAAAUGGAUAGCAAAACAUCAUACAGCCUGCUAUAUACUUCAUAUAUACUGUUGGAUAACUUAAUUAUCCUACGUGAUAACCCCCCGUCCAAAAGAUAAAAUGCUCUCACCCUGAGCUCAAAGAGGAGGAGGGCAGUCAAGUCAGAUUUAUUUAUAUAUCACAUUUAAAACAGAAACUGUUGCCAAAGUGCUUAUAACAAAAUGAUCACAGCAUCAAAUAAAAAGUAAUGAUAUAAUUACAGCACAUGGAAUAAAAGUAUA